GCGCAGUGACAUUCUAGAUAUUUCUUCCUUCACGUGGGUAGUCAUUCAGUGCUCAGCGUGUCCAUUCUUACGUUAAGAUAUCUGGGUGCUUGAACAGGACUCGCUGACUGCCCAACAACCGACCGAAAUGGCUUUCCGGAAAUUUCUGCCUAUGUUUGACCGUGUGUUGGUGGAGCGGCUAGCUGCAGAAACUGUGACAAAGGGUGGCAUCAUGUUGCCAGAGAAGUCACAAGCCAAAGUGUUACAGGCCACAGUGGUGGCUGUGGGCCCCGGCUCUGUCAACCAGAAAGGGGACAUGCAGCCUGUCUGUGUGAAAGUUGGUGAGAAAGUGCUAUUACCGGAAUAUGGAGGAACCAAGGUUAUUCUUGAUAACCAGGAUUACUUCCUGUUCCGAGAUGCUGAUAUCCUGGGCAAAUAUGUGGACUGAAGUCUGUCGUUCCUAAUUUCCAUCCUCAUCCUAGAAAAAAAGAAAAAUGGUUGUUCUUUCAUAUAUUUGUUCUUUUUCUAUGUUCAAUUGUAAAUAAUUAUGAUCAUGUUUUUGUUUAAUAAUAAAGUGACCUAGGCCCA